UGAAGAAGUGGUUGUAGGGUGCAUUUAUACAGACCGGUAAUUUCAAUAGAUUUAUUCACUCAUUGUGAAAAGUGGUUUCCCUAUGAUGCGCAACCAAUGCUAGCACAGUCCCUUAGUAUUUGAUGCGAUGAGUUAAGUUUUAAAACGGAACCCACCGACACUAACGCCUCAUGCGGACGUGAACGUUGUCGUCAACAAGACCUGUGACACCCCCCACAUAAACAAGUCCUCUGACAAUACAACUGCUGUAUCAACGACAACUUCAUCAUUAGAGACACCAUGACGUCAGUGACUGUGGCCGACGCGGGUGGUGACGAGAUGACGCUGUCCAAUCAUAACGGGUACAUCUACCCAGAUUUCCCCUGUAAAAAAGCUGUCCUCAACAUGCCAGCCGUAAAAGUCAGAUCUGAUGACGUCCUUGUUUGUGCAUACCCGAAGUCAGGGACAAACUGGGUGUGGGAGAAGACUCGCUUACUACUGGCUGGGAAGCUGGAUUGUGAUGACGUCAGCAAGAUGACGCGCAUGCUUGAAUUCAGGGAUGAGGGUGACUAUAAGGACCUUCCAUCUCCCAGAAUCCUCAACUCGCACCAGCUCUUCCGGCAGCUUCCGGUUGACGUGAGCAUUAACAAACCUAAAAUCAUCUAUCUAAUUCGCAACCCCAAAGACCUGGCAGUGUCUUACUACAACUUCGCAAUCAGCAUGCCACAUUUCAAAUACAAUGGACAAUGGACGAACUACUUGAAGAGCCUUAUGGAGGGCAAAUUUGACUACGGUUCCUGGUUUGACUACGUGAAGGACUGGGAGGAGGUGAAGAAGACCACUGACGUCCCCAUACUGACCAUCUAUUAUGAGAACUUGAAGCAGGAUACAUUCAGAGAGACAAAGAGACUAUGUGAAUUCCUGGGUGUUGAAAGAAGUGAAGCUUUUGUCACACAAGUGUGUAACCAGUGCGAGUUUGACUCCCUGAAGAAACUCAAGGCCACAUCAAAAGUUACCCGGGAUUCAGUUUAUAGAAAAGGUCAAAUUGGCGACUGGAAAAAUUGGUUCACCGUAGCCCAAAAUGAGUGGUUUGAUAUGUUAUAUGCCGAGAAGAUGGGAGACUGUCACCUGGAUAUUAAAUACAGUUCGAAGUAAACUUGUUUUAAAGCUUCCAGGAGUUGAUACAUCCUCAGUUACCCAUGGCAUUAUAUCGCCAUUCUAUUAUACAGUAAACUACGGUUAUAACGAACUCAAAGGUACCACUAAAUUUAGUUCGUUAUAGCCGUAGUUUAUUAUAAUCAUAUAUACAACAUAUAUACAGUUAAUGGACGGGACCAAAAAAAACAGUUCGUUAUAUCCGUCAGUUUGUUUUAAGCGUGUUCGUUAUAAACGUAGUUUACUGUAGAUAGAAAAGGUGGUAGUAUUUCAGAGAAGAAAAAUUGUUUAUGUUAAGCCAAAUAUAUGUGGUCUAGUGGAUAGAGCGUGUGGAUCAGCGCGGUGGGUCGGCGGUGCGCCGUGUCAUAUACCAAAAGAAGUUAAAAGAUGGUUCUUGUUGUUACCCUGCCUGGCGCUCGGUAUUGAGGGGAUAAAACAAGGGCGGGUCGGCGCGGUAUACUGUGUCUGAGUGGGGUAUCCAUGUACAACUGCGGCAUGGUACCUCAGUGGGCUAGCACUAUAAAACCGUCACAAGUCCGAACCAGUACAGGCAGACGCACCUUCGUACAUCCGUCGGUAUAUAACUGCAAUAAUCCUGGAAGGGACGUGAAACCCCAUUUCAUUUCUAUGGUGGCCAAUAAGGGACAUGGAGUCUGUUUUUUUUCAAUAUUUUGAUAUUUCACUUACUUUUAUCGUAAAUUUGUAAUAAAAAUAUGUGAUAAAUCGUGUAUAAAGUAGCUAUUGAAUCGCUGAAAUGUGAAGCGAAAAUGUCAAAAACUAAAAUGGAAAUGUCCAAAACAAAUAAGUUUUCACCGCGGUGGAAGGAAAUACUUUUCUGUAUUUUGAUUUUAGUUUUUGACAUUUUCGUUUUUGUUUUUGACAUUUUCAUUUUAGUUUUUGACAUUUCCAUUUUAGUUUUUGACAUUUUCGCUUUUCAGCGAUUCAGUAUCUACUUUAUACAUGAUUUAUCACAUAUUUGUAUGACAAAUCGUGUUAAUUUGCAUAUGGGCCACCGUACAUUUCACUUCCUCUCAACUGUAAACAAACAUUAUAAAAAUAAAAAAGAAACUUGGCUCCUUU